AAGCACCUGCUUUCGUUUUACGCAGAUAGUUUUUUUAGUUACAAGAGAGGAGAGGGGGUCCUUGUCUGUCUAUGUACACCUACGUGUAAUCCCAUAUCUUUCGCUGUAAUCUACAUUAUUGUAUUGGUCAAUAUGAGUAAACUGACCACUCCACGUGUGCAGGCCAAACUGGCGCUGACCACAGUUGGAACGAUCAAGGAUGUGAUGAUAUCUUACGACCAGGCUGAUGAGGACAUCACCAAAAAACUGCGUGAAAAGAUGGUUGGGGAGGGAAUCCGGGCGUGGCUGGAGACUGAAGACAUAAUGAGUGGAGCUGACAUCUUUGCCAGGAUAGGACAGGCUGUCGUGGACAGCAGUAUUUUCAUGUUUGUGAUGAGUAGGGAAUCUGUCCAGUCUAAGAUUUGUCAGGACCAGUUGGCUUUAGCCUAUGUGUCCAAUAAGUCUAUCCUUCCUGUGGCACUGCUGCCAAACCAAGAACUCCUCAACCUGAUGGAUAACGGAAUGCGUCUUGAACUAGCUGGCUUUGAAUGGUUCACCUUGUCAACAGAAAGCCUUGCUGACAACUUGAAGGACAUAACCAACAAAGUGUUCAAACUGCUGGAGGAAAUCAAAGAGAAGGAGAAUAAAGGAAACACAGCAAAGCCAGAGACAAAUGUAAAAUCAAGGAGAAUGCUAAACCGAUCUAUUUCUCGGAAAUUCAGUGAAAAAGAGUCCAAACUGUUUCUGGAGGAUGGUAUAGCUUACUGGGCAAGAUCAUUUGGAAAAUCUGUCAAUGUUGCGUGGGAAAGGUUUAGAGGUCAAAUACUGACCGACUUUAAGGAGGACUUUGAUAAGACGUUUGGAGAAGAUGACACUGAGUGGUUAUUAGCGAUACUUCAUAGAGAACUGGACAUCAGCACAGAGGAGAUGGUCAACAAGGACAACUACACAGAGUUCUGUACGAUUGACGACCAGGUCCGUCCUCUGUGGAUGCGAAUACAGGACCAGGCCAGAGAGAGUUACGCCAUGCGAGAAGUCUUCAAAAUGGACUCCUCUGUUCGUGUCCAGGCCAUUGAAAACUUAGGAAAGUUCAAGAGUGCAACAGUCAUUGAUGCUCUACGAGACUUGUUGUCCGACAAAGAUCCAAAUGUGCAGGCUGUAGCCAUCAUUUCAUUGGCCAGAACGGGAGCCAAUGACGACAAGACAGUCAAAUACGUCAUGCAGUGCCUUCACUCCAGAGACAGAAUCGUCCGCGAGGCCAGUUGUCUUUCCCUUGGUGUCAUGAAAGCAACCGUUGCUAUAGAGAAGCUAGUGGAUUUAUGGCGGAAUGAUAUUAUUUCUAAUGUACGUGAGGCGGCCCUCGCUGCCUUGAGACGUAUCGGGGGAGACAAGGCGGAUGAGGCCAUCCGCGUCACCACUGUACUGGAGAAAGAGAUCCGGCAUCUGAAGACAAGCUAGACAUUUCAACAGUACCUUAGGCUUAGACAUUAGACGUCCUACCAAAUACACCGUAGGUCAUCUUACCGCGGCACAUUGGGAUGUAGGAUGUAUGUGGAGAUAAGCUACGCUUCUAACAGAGGGACUGGGAUGUCCCAGAAUGGGAUAAUACAUAUCAGACAUCCUACAAUCUACAAUAUAUCUCAGAAUCUGACAUUUGCAUUGGCUGUUUAUUUGUGCGUAUUGCAGCUUGUACAACAUGAUUUUCAGAUGCCAGAAAAAUUUGAUCCAGCUGGUUCGGUAAAAAUUUUCCUUUGAUAUUAUACCAGCAAAACAGGUGAUAAUUAAAGAGUAAGUAAAAGAAACACUUACCUACACUAUAAAUUUUGGAGACCAUUGAAAAAAAAUGUAGCAUCUGAAACCUUUUUUAUGGAGUUAUAUAAAUUUAGAACUGACCCCAGGCCGAAAAGUGGCCUCUUCUUUAUAAAGAACUAUUAUCUUGCCAAUACAUUCAGGAUAAUGAACAGUCAAUCUGAUUAAAAUCAUAUCCUACGUUCUCUACCUGUAUCACGUUAGGAGAAUGUAGGAUAUGAUUUUAAUCAGAUUGAUGAACAGUUUAAGAAAACUGAAGCAAAAGAUUGUUGUGUUAGAAAAGGUUAUUAUACUCGUUGCUGUGUGAGUUAUUUCCCUUUGUUGUACGAGAGAUGAGAAACAGAGUGAUUGCCCUUGUGUGAGUAAAAGAGUUGUUCCCCUUGCUUUACGUGAUACACAGAGCAAUGGCCCUUGUGUAAGUAAAAGAGUUAGUUCCCUUGGUAUGUGUGAUAAACAGAGCAAUGGCCAUUGUUUAAGUUAAAGAGUUAGUUCCCUUGGUAUGUGUGAUAAACAGAGCAAUGGCCCUUGUGUAAGUAAAAGAGUUGUUUCCCUUGGUAUGUGUGAAGGAUUUACUCACUCACCCAUGAAGACACAUUUGAACUCUUCCGAUUCAAAGGUUGGUAUAGUCGACUAUGAAAUUCCAGGGGUGAAUGAUUUAAUGAAAUAAUGACACAUGCACUUUAAAGUUUAUAUUUUUGCUUCAUCAUAUUUCAUUACUUUGAAUUCUUAAAACAAACCAGCCCAAAGUGGAAAACACAUACUUCACAACCUUAGAACUUCACAUAAAUCGGUAUAUGAUAUUUUUUGUCCACUGUUCAAUGCUCCCCUUCAUCAAAGAGCGAAAAAAGGUCGAAAAUGUGUGGCCUGCAGUCCGUCCCUAGGUUGUUCUGUUUUAUAAAUCUGUGAUAUUUUGCAAUUGUUUAUAUAUUUUUUACUUUACAUUUGAAUAACUUAUACGAAAAAAAUAAAUGCUUAAAAACAAGUAUUUUACCAGCGUAAUCUUCGACGUUAUUUGUGUGUGUGUUUGUUUGUCUAAAGACAUGUGUUUCACAUCAAACAAUACGAGUCUCAAAAACCUUUGAAGAAUUCGUUACAUCUAGCUGCGAUAAAAACGGUGUGUGGGGCCUUAUAUGUAGGUGUCUAUUUUAUAAUUAUUAACUGAUUAUAACACGAAUCUGGUUUGUGAGGGCUGUAUUCAUGCAUUUUAGGAGACCAUAUUCAACUCUCACAAACCAGAUUUAUACCAUAUUUAGUCGAUAAUUCACACAAAACAAUCGUCAUGCACUUGACCUCAGUAGGUUGAUUUGGUGUUAUCGGGCUUAACGUCCUAUUAUAACAGUUAUGACCAUUGAAUGACGUCAUCUGUAGAUGUCUAGGUUUACAAAUGACCAUUUAAUGACGUCAUCUGUAGAUGUCUAGGUUUAAAUCACGUGUAAUU